CUAAGAAACAAAUGGUAACCAUAUUUCGGGAAAGUAUACUUCGAUAUAUUAAAUUCUGAAGUAUUAUUACGUUAAUUAUGGGUCUUCAUUCAAUUUUGAGAAAAAUGAAACAAAAAGAAAAGGAACUGAGGUUAUUAAUGCUUGGAUUAGACAAUGCAGGCAAGACAACUAUCCUAAAGAAGUUCAAUGGUGAAGACAUAAACACAAUAUCACCUACUCUAGGAUUCAACAUUAAAACACUGGAACAUCGAGACUUCAAGUUGAAUAUAUGGGAUGUCGGUGGUCAAAAGUCGCUGAGAUCCUAUUGGAGGAACUAUUUUGAAAGCACCGAUGGACUGGUGUGGGUUGUAGAUAGUGCAGACAAAAGGCGAUUAGAAGAUUGCAAGACAGAACUGCAUGGUCUUCUCCAAGAAGAGAGGUUAGCUGGUGCAACUUUAUUGGUGUUCUCCAAUAAGCAGGAUCUCCCAGGAUCAUUGAGCCCCGAAGAAAUCAGACAAGCAUUGGAUUUGGAUCAAAUUAAAACACAUCAUUGGAUGAUCAUUGGAUGUAGUGCAGUGACUGGAUUAAAUCUUUUGACCGGUAUUGAUUGGUUGAUUGACGAUAUAGCCUCACGGAUAUUCACAAUGGAUUAACAAUUUAUCCUUGAUAAACGUAGUCUGAAGUGCAAUGCUUGGGUUUAUAGGAAGUUCUGUAUGCUACAGUGUGAGGCAUGCUCAGCUGUUGUUAAUUUAUCUAGUCAUAAAUAAUUUUUUAUCUGUAAAUUCCUUUUUCAAAUUUACAAUUGUUUAUAUUUUGUAAUGUUUUGUAAAUCAGCUUAUUGGUAAAUUAUAUAAUGAGUGCCCCCACACAAUUCCCAAAAGAGAUGUUUGUAUAAUUAUGAAAAUGUAGCUUUCUGGUGUAGCUGUUUACUGCAGACUUAUGGACUUAAGAUAUAAGAGAUUUAGUUGUUACUACAAUAAUAUGGCAUACAAUACAAUUAUAAUUGAUGAAUAAAUUAACAUCAAUUUAUGGUGUAUGGGUCCAAAUACAGACCUCAAUACUACUCCACUAUUUAGAAUGUUCAUGGUCUUUACCAGCUUUGAUCUUUAAUUACAGGGAGAAAUAUCUGAUGUUGCUUAUCUAUCCCAAGGUUUGAGUUGUAGGGAACAUUAACUCAAGUAUUUAGAAUAAUAUAAAAUUAAAUCAAAAUAUACUGAAAUACAUAUUUGGUGUAGCAUAAUGGUAAAUCUUGGCUCUCAAAGUAAACACCAGCAGUGAUUAUGUCACCGGAUCCUGUCAGUGAUGGUCAUGUGUCUUCCGAAGAAGACAGCUACUAUAACAAUAUACAGUAACAGUAGACAAUGGUUAAAUUUUAAGAAUGUAAAUUUAUGGGACUAAAAAACAACUCAGAAAACAAAACCUGAUUUUUGAUUCAUAUAUUGUAGAUUAAAUUGUUGGUGAUUGUGGCCCUCCGAUAUGGAAUUUCCCUGCUGCUAUGUAGGGCCUAGCUAGGGAUAGGGCUAAGACAUACUCUGCUAUCAAGCAAUGUAGCUGGGAGAGUAUAUCUGCUACUUUUUGAUGUGGCAUUGAAGGGUGGUUUGUCUGCUACAGACUAGAGAUGUGGCAAGAAUUAAGAGCUGCUACAUUGUUAUAUUGCUAAUUAAUUGGAAUUGACAAGAAUCAUGUUAUUUUGCAUUAAAAAGUACCAAUGUUUACAGUAGUAUUCAA